CUUCAUCGUCCUCACACUCUUUGGAAACUACACCCUCCUGAACGUCUUCUUGGCUAUUGCUGUUGAUAACCUCGCCAACGCCCAGGAGCUGACUAAGGAUGAAGAGGAGCAGGAAGAGGCAGCCAAUAAGAAGCUGGCCCUGCAAAAAGCUCUGGAGGUGAAGGAAGUCAGUCCGAUGUCAGCUGCCAACAUCUCCAUCGCCGCGACUUAUACUGUCUACUGCUCCCCUACCCGCCGUGUCUUUCAAUACAGCAAGGAGCAGCAGCGGUCUGCAAAGACCAUGUCCGUGUGGGAGCAGAGGACCAACCAGCUGAGGAAGCACAACAUAAAGGCGAGCACCGAGGCCUUGUUCAACGAGCUGGACUCUGAGGAGCGCCUCAAGAUGUCCACCGCCCUCCAUCUGCACCCCGACAUGAAAACCCACACGGAUCGGCCACUCGUGGUGGAAACCGGCAACGGCGACAAAACCAGCUCAGGAAAUCCGGAGGAGAUGGGAGGUCCCAGACAGGACGGGCUGGGAGACAGCUUACCCGUUCACACCAGGAGGCAUCAUCGCCACCGUGACCGGACUGUCGAGGGAGGUGAUGGUCGAGGAGGGAGGCACCACGCUCAUCACCGGAGCAGGGAACACAAUCCAGAUGGUUCCCAAAUAAAAGAGAAGGGAGGGAACCAUGAUGGGGGACACAGGCACCACCACCAGUCUGAAUCCCCUGAGAGAGAGGUCAGUGAUGCAGGAGGAGAGGACAGAGGGCAUCGCCAUCAUCACACCCAUCGAACACCAAAAGAAGGAAAUGGGCGUUUGGCAAACGGAGCUCAGGAAGAGAGCAGAGGGAGAGGAGAGGGUAACGCAGAGAGAAAGAUGCACUAUUCUCGUUUGGCUAAAGCUCAGUCCACUCUGACCAGAGACGACUGCGGGAGGAACAAGAACGGGUCCAGAAGUUACAGGGAGAGGCCGGCAGACACCGAGGACGAUAGCCUCGCCGGCAGUCCUUUACAGCCGAAGCGAAGCAGUUUGACUCCCAGCGAAAAACAGGAAGACGCUGACAACCAGAAGAACUCCACCAGAGCCAGUCAGGCGGGACUCAACAGCAACGCGAUCCACGUCCCUGUGACCAUCACCGCCCCACCUGGAGAGACCACCAUCAUACCCAUGAACAACAUCGAUUGUGACAACUUCCAGCUCAGUGAGGAGAAGAAAGAUCUGGAAGAGGAGGAGGCGGCUAAUGGGCCUCGGCAGAUCCUUCCCUACAGCUCAAUGUUCGUCUUUGGACAGACGAACCCCGUGCGGCGCCUGUGCCACUACGUGGUCAACCUGCGCUACUUUGAAAUGUGCAUCCUGUUGGUCAUCACCAUGAGCAGCAUCACGCUGGCGGCCGAGGACCCGGUGCAGGCCAACGCACCGCGGAACAACGUUCUGAAAUAUCUGGAUUACGUCUUCACAGGAGUCUUCACGUUUGAGAUGGUGAUUAAGAUGAUCGACCUGGGGUUGCUCCUCCACCCCGGCUCGUAUUUCCGCGACCUGUGGAACAUCCUGGACUUCAUCGUGGUCAGUGGCGCUCUGGUGGCAUUCGCCUGCUCGAGCCUUAUGGGAGGAACCAAGGGAAAGGACAUCAACACCAUCAAGUCCCUACGAGUCCUCCGUGUCCUGCGGCCACUCAAGACCAUCAAACGGCUGCCUAAGCUGAAGGCUGUGUUCGACUGUGUCGUAAACUCCCUGAAGAACGUCCUGAACAUCCUCAUCGUCUACAUCCUCUUCAUGUUCAUCUUUGCGGUUAUCGCCGUGCAGCUCUUCAAGGGCAAGUUUUUCUACUGCACCGACGAGUCCAAGGGCCUGGAGAAAGACUGCAGGGGUCAGUUUCUGGAUUACAAUAAGGAUGAUGUGACGGCUCAGCCCAGAGAGUGGAAGAAGUACGAGUUUCACUACGACAACGUCCUCUGGGCUUUCCUCACGCUCUUCACCGUCUCCACUGGAGAGGGCUGGCCACUGGUCCUGAAGCACUCGGUGGAUGCCACGUACGAGGACCAGGGCCCCAGCCCCGGCUUCCGCAUGGAGACGUCCAUCUUCUACGUGGUCUACUUCGUGGUGUUUCCAUUCUUCUUUGUCAACAUCUUCGUAGCUUUGAUCAUCAUCACCUUCCAGGAGCAAGGAGACAAGGCCAUGUCCGAGUGCAGCUUGGAGAAGAACGAGAGGGCCUGUAUUGACUUCGCCAUCAACGCCAGGCCUCUUACGAGAUACAUGCCAGAGAACAAGCAGUCCUACCAGUACAAGAUGUGGAAGUUUGUCGUGUCGUCGCCUUUUGAGUACGCCAUCAUGACUUUAAUCGCUCUCAACACAGUCGUGCUGAUGAUGAAGUUCUACGACGCUCCCGUGGCCUACGAGUCGAUGCUGAAGUACUUGAACAUCAUCUUCACCGGCCUCUUCACGCUGGAGUGCAUCCUGAAGAUUAUUGCUUUCAAUCCUCUGAACUACCUGAAAGAACCCUGGAAUGUGUUUGACUUUGUGACUGUUAUCGGCUCCAUCACAGACAUUUUGUUCACAGAAAUAAACAACAAGAUGAUAAAUUUGAGUUUCUUAAGGCUGUUCAGAGCGGCUCGUCUCAUCAAGCUGCUGCGACAAGGCUACACCAUCCGCAUCCUGCUGUGGACGUUUGUUCAGUCGUUCAAGGCCCUGCCGUACGUCUGCCUGCUUAUCGCCAUGUUGUUCUUCAUCUACGCCAUCAUCGGGAUGCAGGUGUUCGGUAACAUCAAGCUGAGCGACGACACCGCCAUAAAUCACCACAACAACUUCCAAACUUUUUUCCACGCCCUGACCCUUCUGUUCAGGAGUGCAACAGGUGAGGCGUGGCACGAGAUCAUGCUGGCCUGCCUCAGUAACCGGCCGUGUGAUAAACUCUCAGGGUCUUCGGGGAAGGAAUGUGGAAGUGACUUCGCCUACUUCUACUUCGUCUCCUUCAUCUUCCUCUGCUCCUUCCUGAUGUUGAAUCUGUUUGUGGCCGUCAUCAUGGACAACUUUGAGUACCUGACCCGCGACGCCUCCAUCCUCGGGCCUCACCACCUCGAUGAGUUCAUCCGAGUGUGGGCAGAGUACGACCCCGCUGCCUGUGGGAGGAUAUGCUACCGGGAUAUGUACAAAUUGUUGCGUUUAAUCUCGCCUCCCCUGGGCCUGGGGAAGAAGUGCCCCAACAGGGUGGCUUAUAAGCGUUUGGUGAGGAUGAACAUGCCGAUCGCCGACGACAACACGGUUCAGUUCACCUCGACGCUGAUGGCUCUGAUCCGAACCGCCCUGGACAUCAAGCUGGCGUCUGGCGUCCUGGCUCAGCGUUUGUGCGACGCCGACCUGAAGAGGGAGCUCAACCGGGUUUGGCCCAACCUGCAGCAGAAGACGGUGGACCUGCUGGUGACGCCACAUAAAUAUAACGAGCUGACUGUGGGGAAGGUCUACGCCGCUCACAUGAUCUUUGACUUCUACAAGCAGAACCGAGCUAAAAGACUUGAAGAGCAGAACCCGUCCGGGGCCCCGCAGAGUAAACUCGGAGCGCUGUUCCGUCCUGUGCUGCCGUUCAGUCACAUUCACAACGCAGAGCCGCCGCUUUCCUGCCCCAAACCACCGGCCCCACCAGAACCUAAACCAGAAUCACAACCAGAAGUCCCGCCUGUCGUCAGCACCACCAGGGAAACGAUAUUAAACCAGAGGAGCAACAUCAAACACUCCCAGUCUGGAGACGUUUCUCAGGCGGCGCAGAGGCAGAAGACCCGGAGGAGGCUGCAGAGAGGCCAGUCAGAGGACGUGCAAUAUUCAGUCAGACCACAGGAGUCGUUUGAACCGAAGCAGGUGGAGAAUAUUUCAGACACAGAGGGAUAUCUGAGCCUGGAGGACCACGGCAGAGCAGCUUCUCUGCCCCGACUGAACGCCGAGUACUACCCAAUCGUUGACCUCAGUCCUAUAAAACGUUCAGCUUCCUCGCUGACGCCACAGCGCCACCAACAGGAGGUCGGGCUGAGGGACUACGACCUGGAGCGCGUCGGUCAAACCCAACCUCCUGCAGAUCCAGAACAAGUCCAGGGCCAGGACCGAGCCCACCACCAUCACCACCACCACUGCCAUCGACGCCGGGACAAAGACAAGAAGCAAAAGUCUUUAGAGAAAAUGUCAUCAGUGCCGCCGUCCAGCACCGUUGGUUCGAUUACGGACCCCCCAACUGAAGACUUGUCCGUAGAGCGAGCGAGGGAGCGGGAACGCAGUCGCCCCCAUGAGAGGAGGCACCACUCCUCUGCGGGGGAGAAGCAGCGGUACUACUCCUGCGAGCGUUACGGCAGCAGGGAGCAGUGCUACACCAGGUCAGCCGGUCCCAGCCGGUCCACGUCUCCAGGGGAGGGUCAGGACUCUGAUUUCUACAGACAGCAGGAGAGUGGUGUGGUUAAAGCUGGUACAAACGCACAGCUGCGCAGUCGCAGACAGCUCCCACAGACGCCGCUCACGCCUCGUCCUGCCGUGGCCUUCAAGACCGUCACCUCGUCAGCUCCUUUACCCACGACGGGGCACCAGACUCGCUUCAGCCGCGGCCCUUCAGAGCACGACCGCCUGCUCCUGGGCCACAGCGAGUCCUCGAUACCCGUUACCUGCAUUGGUUCGGACUCUAACCCCAACCGGCAGCAGCUGGACUCCUCUCAGCAAGCCCUCCUCAAGGAGAGCAAGGACUUUCAGGAUGCCGCGAGCAGCCACGGAGGCGGACGUGCCGCCAGGACUGCUGCUUCAGCCUCCGCGGCAUCCUCACAGGGGACUGCAGCUGCACCUGCCACAGCAGCCACAGUGCAGGGGCGGGCAGCGGGGGUGCCCAAUGGGUACCACUUCACCCUGGGGAACAGAAGAACAGGAGGUCUCAGGGAGCAAGAGGAGGAGGACUGGUGCUAA